AUGGCUCACCCUUUUGGUCAACAAUCAGAGACUGGGCAGUGUAGGAGCACCAGGAUUCGUGACAAAGGGGCUCCUCAAGCCCCUAAACCCACCCCAGCCUCAGGCAGCCAGAAGAAGGCCCAGGAUUCAACCUUGGCUAGUGGCUCUAAGCGACAAAACACUAAGAAGACCUCUGCAGCUGCUAAGACUGGGACUGGGACUGUGGCUGAAGGUGAUAAUGAUAAUGACCCAGCACCAGGCCCCUCCAUUGCCCCUCCAGGUCGAACUUGCAAACGGGCUGCAAGCCCAGAACCAAAAGUCCCUACUGCACCUUCCUCUACAGUCCAGGCAGCUAAAGCAGGAAGAAAGAGGGCAAAACAAGAUGAUUCCAAAGGGAAGGGUGCUACUCAGCAAACACACUUUGCUGAGGGAGUCACUGCAAUUUCUGACUCCAUGUCUGAAUCAGCAAAGUCCAAAUCAACUCUUCAAAUUUUGGAUACUGCUCCAAGUGCAGUGGACACUGAAAGCAGAGAUGAUGCAACUGGUGACUUUGAAGAGUUCGAUAUUCCCAGCAGUGAUGAGGAUGUUGAUGAAGACAGAAACAAACAGGACAAAGAUAACAAAGAACAAGAUACUAUUCAGCUCUUGAGUGGAUUGAAAGUUACAAUCCAAUUCAUUGGUCCUGGGUCAUCUCCACGGAACAAUGUAAUUUCCCCCUAUAGCCAUGCCGCUUGGCCAUCCACUCAGGUUGAAGUGGAUGGAUGGAGUGUCUUGAUGCAGGAUAUUCUUUCCACUGCCCAGGAGUAUCUAGGUACUGAUCGGAUUACAAAUGAAUCUCGUAUCUCAUACUUGGAUGGUGAAGACACUAUUCAACUUGGAAAAGUUGAGAGUGACUCUUGCAGGACAUAUCGUAUCCAUAUUCUUCGUGAACAUCGAAGGAUUAUUUACAUUUAUAACUCAACAUCCACUCUUACCCAAACUACUCAGCUUGGCCCCUCUAUUCCUCACCCCAAUCCAAUGAAUCCCACUAUCCCAUAUACACCACCUACUGAACCAGCCCCUUCUGCCACAAUUGGAAAGGCUUCCCUUGGGGAACUCAGUAACCUCUGGACGGUGCGGCAAACUACGGAGAAGCAGGCCCAAUUCAAUGCUUUGAAGGACUCUCACCAUACAACAGCUCACAGCAUUUAUGAGAUGCUAGCAAUUGUGAAGGAGUUCACUCAAUCUGUUCCAAUUAUCCCUGCUUCCUUUCCUGGACAUGGAAAGGCUGUCCCUCUCCAAGAGCUCUAUAUUGCUGUGACUUCCUGUAGUGACAGUACUGUUGCUUGCCAUCUUAUCAUCUACAGUACCUACAUGGAGUUCCAGAACAACCCUCGGGCACGUCGUCUUGAAUCAGUAUGGGACAAUGAACCAGUCAAGGACCUCAAGUAUGCAUAUGAUGAUCCAAACUCUGAGACAAAGGUUCAUAGCCUCCAAGAAAUCAUCACAUAUCUCAAGUAUCUCAAGGCAAAUGGGGUGGAGCCAAACCAGAAUAAGAAAUCCAAUGUGUACCUACCUUUCAAAUUGAGGAAUGUUUUCAAUGUCUUUGUACUCCUGUGUUUCCUGCCUAUGGUGUAUGCUUCAACUGCAAUGGGCCUCGCAGAGACAUUCACCUCAGCAACUCCAAGGAUCAUGGGCUAUGCUAUGGCUGUUAUUCUUAUUUUCAUCCUGUGCAAUGGGGAAUAUCUCCAUCACCAUUAUCUCCAAUCCCAAGCAACCCUUAAUCCCAACUUUCCAUCUUCAUGGAUACGUCGUCUCAGUGCCCACCUAUUCUCCCAGGACUCACUUGCCCUUCCUCAACUGGACCAAAAGACCCAGAACUAUCUUAUCCUUGAAGCUGCAAAUGGACUUGGGCUUUCACAUGAAUUCCUUUCAGACCACACCUCAUUCAUCCACAACCAACCCUGUUAG